AUGGGUUGGCCCAAGGACUGCAGUGAGGUCUCUGCUGGCAGCCCCAGCGGUGUCUACGUCACCCAGCCCACAGGGCUGCACCCCAUUGUGGUGUACUGUGAAAUGAAUGAGAAUGAUGGGGGCUGGACGGUCAUCCAGAGGAACCGGCAGAGCACAGAGAUCACCUGGGCCGAGUCCUGGAACACCUACAAGUACGGCUUUGGGAGUGUGCACGCUGAGUACUGGCUGGGCACCGAGUACAUCCAUCGGAUCUCCCAGCAGAAGGUCUACCAGGUCAGGUUUGUCAUCUGGGAUGCUGCAACCAACACCAAGUUCGCAGACUACAACCUCUUUAGUGUGGAAGAUGAGUCCCACGGCUACCGGCUGAGGCUGGGAGUGUACUCCGGGACCGCAGGGGAUGCCAUGGACUCAGACAAUCCCAGGAAUGUACACAACAACAUGAAGUUCUCUACAAAAGAUCGGGAUCAAGACACUUAUAGAGGGAACUGUGCCUCCAGAUCUGGGGGUGGGUGGUGGUACUCAGCGUGUUACUCCGUACAGCUGAACGUCAAGGGGGGCAUAACGUGGGGCAGCCUGUGCAACAAGAACUGCAAAGCUUCUGCCAUCCUCAUCAAACCAGCUCUGAAUCAUUAG